AUGGUAAAGGGCAUUGGUGAUGAGGCGUCGCUGAAAUGGAGGCAGUCUCCGGAGUCGGAUGAUGAACCAAAUCCCUUGAUGAAGGUAUCAAAACCCUCGAUUCACAAUGGGAUGAGGUCGGUUCACAGUGAAAUUAAAUCCCUUGAAGCAAAAUGCUGACUUCGUAGGUUACGAGGUAAAAUGUGUGCCAUUGUGUUGCUGAAUUUGCUCCUCCUCGAAACCGGAAUUCCGAGUGUAAAUCACGCCUCUUGUGGUGGUGUUGCUCUUGUCAUGAACAGUAUAGGUCAACAACAACAAGCUCCAAGUGGAACAUCGCUUCUUCUGGCUUCAGCUGGAACUGUUGAAUAG